UCACUCCUCCCUCUCCAUCUUCCCUCCACCCCUCUGUGUGCAGCAUUGCCAGUCUUGGUGGCUGGGAAGAGAGGAGGCAUGCAGCAGCCGCUCAGUCGCAUAGUCUAUUGUUUUUGACCACUGCACUGAGGGCGAAGGAAGAAUUUGCUGAGGAUUUUCCUCCAACUUUCUGGCUACAAGUUCUGCAGAAAACUUUUGUCUCACUGUUCUGCGGUCCAGAAAGUUGGCAGAGUUUCAUGGACACAUUUCUACGGACAAGCCGUCUUGUGAGGGAGGAAGUUGAGAGGACAGUUCGCCUUGAAAGACCAGCUGAUCUGAAGGAGCAGCAUCUCCUGAGCGGAAACGAGAGAGAGCUGAUCUCGCCUCAGGGAAGGCGCCGGACUGGAGGAUCCAGCCGCAGACCAGGGCGAAGUAACCUCUCGAAAGGCGAGGUGUUGUGAUUUCGUGAGGAUUGUUUCGGGCGUUGCAGCCAUGGCGGGGAUGUACGGAUGCUUCAAGGUCAGGAAUGACAGCGCUGCCAUGGCGUCAGGAUCUCCAGACGUGGCGACCAAUCAGGAGCCUGCUGAGGUCCAGGAGGAUUGCUCGGGAAAGAAGAAAUCAAAGUUCCAGACAUUCAAGAAACUGUUUGCUCGGAAGAAAAGGAAAGAGCCGCAGAGCGCCGGAGCGGAGGAGGGCCUGAAGGGGAGCCAGUCGAGUGACAACGUCAGCAAAACGUCGGAGAGCAACACGCUGACCCGAUCCGAGAAGGAGAAGGGUUCUGGGUCGAGGAUCAGUCUGGGCAACAAGGCCUUGUCACAUGACUCUGUUUUCGUCUCUGAUUCGUCAGAAGCUAACGAGGGCCUCGAUGCGUCUCAGGACAGCAUUCAUGGGAAAGUUAAAUCCCUACAGCUCCAGCUGAAGCAGGCGAUCAGACUCGGUUCUCCUCCGUCCUUAAUGUGUGUGAAGAAGACCGAAGACGGCGGAGCCACGUCUGAGGACGACGGCCUGCCCUGCAGCCCUCCUGACUACACACCCCUUCAUUCAGUCAAGAGUAAAGCUGAGAGGUCCAGUUCCAACAGCCUGCAUGGAGUGGACAGCGACGAGCGGCUGUCCAUCAGAGCCGUGAGCCCCCCGGCGGUUCCCGGGGACUUCAGCCAGCCGGCCAGUCCCUUCGUCUGCCUGGAUAACUCUGCUGCCAAGCACAAGCUGGGCCUGAGAAACAAGGCCUGCAACAGGAGGAAACCGGGCCGGCGCCUGCAGCUGAAAACUGAAGGCGACUCUGCAGUGGAGGAGGAGGAGCAGCAGAGGGCAGAAGUCGAAAGUCGGGAUCAGCUGAAAGCGGAAACUGAACAGGAGGAAGACGAAGAGGACAAACCCCAGAAAGAUUCCCCGGCGAUCCCGCUCGCAGACGACGAGGGAGAAGGUGACGCGGAAACGGAGGAGGAUGUUUCUCACGCCCCGGACGCUUCCUGUCCUCUGGAGUCCAGCCUCUCUGAGGAGAGACACGAGGAGGAGGAAGAUGAGGAAGAACAGGGCGCCUCAGUUGAUGGAGGCGCUCCCUCCUCCAGCUCCACAUCCUCCUCCUUGGACAGUCCCAGCGUGUCACCAGAGCCCCCUGCUGGUCAGACGGAGCACCUGACCGGCCCCGCAGGAUUCUCCUGCGCCGUCCACUCCGAGAGUGACUCUUCAUCGGGGGAAGAAGCAAACGUGGAGGAGGGGAGCUCGCUCUUGGAGGAGGUGCUGAGCUCCUUGAAGACGUCUCACUCGCCCGAUGUGGAGCUCAGCGGCGUUGUCAUGGAGACGGAGGAUGAGGCAGUGGAAGUUGAGGAGAGGAAGGAAGAGGCGGAUCCCGCUGGUGUUGAGGGCCCCGCCUCGAGUCCUGACACGUCUGAUCGGAUUGCCCAGGAGGAAGAGGAGGCUCUUCCUCAGUCUCUACAGGAGGAAGAGGAGGCUCUUCCUCAGUCUCUACAGGAGGAAGAGGAGGCUCUUCCUCAGUCUCUACAGGAGGAAGAGGAGGCUCUUCCUCAGUCUCUACAGGAGGAAGAGGAGGCUCUUCCUCAGUCUCUACAGGAGGAAGAGGAGGCUCUGCCUCAGUCUCUACAGGAGGAAGAGGAGGCUCUUCCUCAGUCUCUACAGGAGGAAGAGGAGGCUCUUCCUCAGUCUCUACAGGAGGAAGAGGUCGCUGUAGAAGAAGAAGCAGCAAAAACCAUAGAGGAAGAACUGGAGGAGGACAACAUUUCAGAGCGAUUCAUUCAACAAACUGAGGAGGAGGAGGAAGUUGAAUCGGAGGAAGAAAUCAAACAAACUAUCAAGCAGGAAGACGCGGAGGAAGAAUGGGAUAGCGGCGAGGAAGAGGAGGAAGAGGAGGUAGAGUUAAAGGAGGAGCCAGAAGCUGUUGAGGAAAAAUGCGAGAACGAGGUGGAAGGCAGGGAGGAAGGAAGCAGUGUCGAGGUGGAGGAGAUGACAGAUGAAGAAGAGGCAGAGGAGGAAGCUAAAGGGGAUGAAGAGAAAACGACAGAGGGGAUCCCUGACGCUGAAGAUGAGGAGGAACCGACUGCCUGGUCGUUUCAAGAGGAAGGCGAAGGAGAUGAUGCUACCCCAGAGAUGGAUGGUCAGAUAGUUCCCAAAGUGAACGAAGAGCAGCAAGUUUUUAAUAAUGACCCUGGAGCUGAGGAAGAGGAAGAAGAAGAGGAAGAUCUCCAGGAUCGUGAAUCAGAAGACGUGGAAAGAAGUCCCGAUAGAAAUCAGAGUGGAGAAGACGUGGAAUUGGGAAAAGACGAAACAAGUCCCUUCCUGGAGGAAAAGGAAGCUGAAGCUGAGGAAGAAGGCCGUGUUUCCUCCAGACUUCCUCUGCUCUUCCUGCCGGAGUCGCGCUCUGUUUCCUGUUCAGAUCAGAGUCCCACCAGUUCCCCCAGUAAGACCAGCACCUUACACAUCCAUCUCGCCUCCCCCACCUCAGAGAAACCCAGCUCUCCGCUCCGCCUCGCUGCUGAAACAGAGCCACUUUCCCCCACCGAGGAACCCGCAGAGUUUGACGUGACAGAGCGGCGAGAAGGCGUGAAAAACCCAGAAGAAGAAGAGAAGCAAUCGGCGCCAGAACAAGAUGAUUCCUCCACACAGGAAGCUCCGUCAACGCCGACGGAUCAAAGCAAAGCCCGUUUUACCGUCGCCCCGGCGUGGCAGCGGCUACAGAGCCAUCCCGCCUCCCCGACUGAAGCUCCGGCGCUCCGGGACAGCAGAGCCGAGGCGGAGGAAGCGGCCCGGAAGGAACGGGAUGUGAAAGCGGAACCCGGCAGCCCGGCCGAGGCCGAGCUGGCACCGAGUCCAGUCAGAGGGAGGAGUUCAGGGAGCUUCACCUCCAAACCGCAGAGCUAUGCAGCAUCAACUCCAGCUGAGGCUCAUACCGGAGCGGCGGGGAGAACGCCAGAGAGCGCUGCAGUGGCAGAGGCCAACCCAGAUGGUCCGUUUGGGGUCCGGCUGAGGAAGACGUCGGCUCUGCUCCGGUUCGGCUCAGAAGAGGUCGAAUCAGAGCCUCAAGUCGAGUCUCCGACGCAUCCACUCUCCGCUAAGGCCGAGUCGCCCCAGCCAGUCAGCAGCAAGCCCCCCACGAGCCAUCCAAUCAGCAACAAGCCCGCUCUGCCCAAGAAACCGGAGAUCCACGGAGACGCUGGCACCAAACCGAGACGCAUCUCAGAGCCGGCCGUGGCCCGCAGUGCGCCCGACGGCUCCCAUCCCCCCACCUGGAUCUCUGUGGCCAAACAGAAGCAGAAGGUUUACAAAGAAACCCCACUCAAUGAAAUUACAGUCCAGAAGGAGGAGCAGGAGGGGAAGCCGCCGUCGCCUCCAAGCAGGGAGCAGAGCAGCAGCAAACCGCCUGAACCCACCAGCAGAGUGUCGGUAGAAAAGGAGACCAGAAGGACUCUCUCUGUUCCGACUCCAGUGCCGCCUCAGCCUCCGAAGACCCCGCUCCAAAAGCCGCCGGCGCCCCCCACCCCGGCAAAACCCUCGCCCCGACCGGACUCGCCCCGCUCCUCCCCCUCGAAGCCCCCGCCCGUUCCAUCCAAAACACCGCCGGUCGCCCUGCCGAGGACUGUCCCGGAAAAGGCUGCCCCCAGGCAGGCUGCGCCCCCCACCACUCUGCCCCAGGAUGAGCCCCCCUGGAUGGCGCUCGCCAAGAAGAAGGCCAAGGCCUGGAGCGAGAUGCCGCAGAUCGUCCAGUGACGGCUCCCGGUGCUCACGACCCAAACAGGGUUUUUGGGUGUCGAAACGUAAAAACUAUAAAGCACCGCACUGCGUUUGCACGUUGUAUCGCCGGCUUCGGGCUUUCUGAUUGGCCUCCAACGAGCCGUCCUGUAGCUACAAACAGCUUCUUUUGCUCUGCCUCCACAUCUUCUACAGCCACGUCUGUCUGAAUCACACAAGUACAUGUAUCCAUAUUUCUCUCUGUCCCUAUUAUUAUGAAAUAAGGUGCCUAAAUCAGACACAUUUUCAGGAAACUACGACUGUAACUAAAUUAAGAGUCAAAUAUCAGCUAAGAACGCAGGAUCAUGGCAUCCAUUUAGUAGACGAGAGUCAGUCUGUUUCAUUCUGCUGCGAGGCGAUGUGUUCUGCACUUCCCUUUCCUAGUGUGAGGUGUUUUUGUUUUUUGUUUUUUUUAUUUCGACGAUGAAGAAAGUCCUCCAGCAGAGCUGCCUAACAUUUUCUCCAGAGGCAAAACUAAUCACUGAUUGCUGCCUCAGCAGGUCUGCAGCAAUAAUGAAAGUAUAAACUUUGUGGCUCCUUUCCUCUCCUGCUUCCUGAGACCUUCUGUUGUCGUUUCUCGGCGCGCGUCCCUCAGACGCUUAAUAUCCACAGCAAAACAUCCUGUUCAGGACCGAAACCGGGCGGCCAGCAUCGUCCCGUCUCCAGGGCCAAGCUUUGCUCUCUUUUUUUAAUUUUUGUCUUACAGUCAUUAUCAAUGUGACACGUUUUAUUUUGCGUUGGCUUUGGAGAAUUUGUCUUGUACAUAAAGUGUACAGUUAAAAAAACAAAAACAAAUCAAGUGAGA